UGAAUGGACGCUACGUUCCUUUUCCGGCUGCAUCUGCACAAUCCACCAGGAAGUGUGGUGCGAUAAAUCCUAAACUAUUAAUCCCUUAUACCUGGAGGAAGGAGAUAGAUAUUAUUAUGCAUUUUGGAUGGAAUAUACCAUUUGUGUCGCCUUUCUAAUCUACAAAUCGUUCCAAUCGGUGUUUUGCAAUUCAUGCAGGGUAAACAUAAUACACUUAACUCCCUGCAAGUUUGGGUUUUUGUGCUGUAGCAUUUAGUCCUUCUCAAAUCUAACCCUUGACUGCAAUGGGAUGCUGCGGUAGCACAGAGAGGACAAAGAGAGAAUGGAAACCCUUGGAGGAUCGAAGUUGCACGGAUUUGCCGUGGUUCCUUUUAUUUACUGUAUUCUGUGUUGGAAUGGGGAGUAUCUGUGGGUUCACCAUCGCCACGGGGGGUGCAGGCCGCCUGGUCUUUGGGUAUGACAGCUACGGGAACACCUGCGGCCAACGCAAUGAGCAGAUCGAAGGGGUCCGGCUGAGUGGACUGGAUCAGACGGACAAAAAGUAUGUGUUCUUCCUGGACCCAUGUAACAUUGACAUAGUGCAGAGGAAGAUCAAGUCCAUGGCCCUGUGUGUGUCCAUGUGUCCUGAUGAAGAGCUGAAGACGUACCAGGACCUCAAGAGAUUCGCCAUGCACAAUGGGUCGGAGCUGUGUUCAUACGAACUAGCCGGUCACAAAUACCCCAGCCUUCCAGAGAGGUUUGACAAAUGUCCCAAACUUCCAGUUCCACCAAGCAAAUCUCUCCCGGUGUUCAACCGCUGCACACCGGUGGACAUCUCCUGCUAUGCCAAGUUUGCAGAGGCUGUGGUGACGUUUGUGAGCGACAACAGCGUGUUGCACAGGCUGAUCGGUGGCGUGAUUGCCAGCAAGGAGAUCAUCGUGGGCCUCUGUCUGCUGGCGCUAGUGCUCUCCAUGAUCCUAAUGCUGAUCAUCCGCUACAUCUCUGCUGUGCUGGUCUGGAUCCUCACUGCCAUGGUGGUCCUGGGCUCCCUGGCGGGCACAAGCAUUCUGUGGUGGCUGUACAUAGACCACCGGUUAACUGCCAACAAGACCUUAUCUAAAGAGACUGCAGAGACUACGGAGACGAAAGAUGCUAAGGAGGAAGCAGAGAUGACAAGGGACAAUGCCCAGGCGUUUCUGGUGUAUGCCAUCGCUGCCACCGUAUUCACAGUGAUCCUUCUCCUGCUGAUGCUGUUCAUGAGGAAACGAGUAGCCCUGACGAUCGCCCUGUUCCACGUGGCCGGCAAGGUGUUCAUCCACCUGCCGUUGCUCACCCUGCAGCCCUUCUGCACCUUCCUGGCCCUGCUCCUCUUCUGGAUGUACUGGGGCCUGGUGCUGCUCUUUCUCGGGACCACCGGGAACCCGGUCCAGAACGAGGAGACUGGUCUGACAGAGUUCCGUCUGACUGGGCCUCUGCAGUACAUGACGUGGUACCACGCUGUGGGCCUCAUCUGGAUCAGUGAGUUCAUCCUGGCCUGCCAGCAGAUGACUGUCGCUGGGGCUGUGGUAACGUACUACUACACAAGGGACAAGACCAGGAUGCCAGUCACCCCCAUCCUGUCGUCAGUGCUGAGACUGAUGAGGUACCACCUGGGCACGGUGGCCAAGGGUUCCUUCAUUAUCACCCUGGUCAAGAUCCCACGCCUAAUGCUCAUGUACGUCCACAACCAGCUCAAGGGCAAGGAAAAUGCAUUUGCUCGCUGCAUGGUGAAGACCUGUAUCUGCUGCCUGUGGUGUUUGGAGAAGUGCCUCAACUAUUUGAAUCAGAAUGCGUACGCGGCGACAGCCAUCAACAGCACCAGUUUCUGUACGUCGGCGCGCGACGCCUUUGUGAUUCUGGUAGAGAACGCUCUGAGGGUGGCCGCCAUCAACGCCGUGGGAGACUUUGUCCUCUUCCUGGGCAAGAUCCUGAUCGUGACUUCCACAGCGUUCGCCGGCGUACUGCUGCUGAACUACCAGCGGGACUACGCAGAGUGGGUCCUCCCUCUCAUCAUUGUCUGCCUCUUUGCCUUCCUGGUGGCCCACUGCUUCCUGUCCAUCUUCGAGAUCGUGGUGGACGUGCUCUUCCUCUGCUUCGCCAUUGACACCAAAUACAACGACGGUACACCGGGCAAGGAGUUCUACAUGGACAAAGCCCUGAUGGAGUUCGUGGAAAACAGCAGGAAGUUGGAACGGGUGGUGGAGCGAGGGCGGAGCCGCCCCACUGAAUCGGUGUCGGUGGAGGGGCCGGAGAUGAAGCCCAUGGCUCCGGGAACAAGUUCAGCUUGACCAAAAUCACCUAAAGGGACUUUUUUUUAAAGACAUUCCAAAAUGUUUAUUUUUACCAAUGUGUAACAUGUUUACUAUGGUUUCACUCCAGGGAUACAAUAUUUUAAUAAGAAACUGUAAAAAAAUAUAUAACAAUGUAAUGAAGCACUUUAUAUUGAAGCGCUGCAUAUUUUAAAAGGCUGAUGCAUUUUUCGUAGUGAUGUCCUUUUUUACAAGACAAAGAAUUGCCAUCUAGUCAAACACAGUACUAAAACGUAUUGAAUCACUGGGUUGUCAAUGUUUUGCAUAACAAGUUUGCCUUUUGGUUGGACUUCUCGAUCAGCGUGAUACUUAUUCAUCAUGCAAUGAUAGCACUUAGAUGUGUUUUUAAUCAACCACUGAAACUUAAGUACGUUAGACUCACGUUUGCAUUUGAAUUCAAUCUGCAUCAUGGAAGAGUGUCAUUUUGUUUUGAAAGAUGUAUUUUUUUACCAGUGAGUGUAGGGGAUUCUUUUUACAUUUUACAGCGCAAUUUUUGGGAUGUGCAGAAACCGAGGAUGUGAUCAUACAGCAGGAGGAAGACAACUUGUAGUUCCCAUGGUUUGGAGGGACACAGAGACAAAGUUACUGCGAUUUGGAAGUCUACCCCCCCCUACACCUAGGCACUUAGAUCUACAAGGGACCAUGAGAAGUUUAGGGGUAGGGACUAAGAGUUCAUUAUGAACUGGGCAUGACAUUUACAGAGAAAUAUCCAGAGGGCUGCAAAGGCUGUUGCUUUUCUUACUCAACCAAUUGUCCCCUAGUUUGACUCACUUGGUUCCUCUAUCAAACCAGUCAGUCAUUGUUGGGAUUGAUGGACAAUGUACAUUUGACCUAAUCAGGUGAGGUGUAACGAGUCCUCUUCCACUGAAGUCUCAGUAGGAAGUGAACUCAGACUUUGCAGCCCUCGAGCAAUAACGCAACACCAUGUAGUAUUUACCGCUAUAAAAAUGUCUUCCUACUUGCACUACAGCUUUUAAAGACAAAAGUUCCUGGCAUAGAGCUAUCAUCUGAUGUUAGGUGGGGGGGGGGGGGUGGAGGUGGACACACACUCACUCUGCCUUAACCGGUUCCAUAGGCUGUGCCCCCCAUCUUAUUGGUUAAUGACGGGACUCCCCAGUUUAACUUGGGGGUGGGUUGGUAGAAGUGCUGUAAGCCUUAAGUCCCCUCUUCUCUUUGCAGUAGAUUUGUAUUUGAUACCCAGAGUACUGAAUCCAUUGGAGCGACUGAAGAACAACUUUGACCCCCCCCCCCUUUUUUUGCUGUUGCUUUUAUUGAUCUAGGUGAGAAAAAUGCUCUUUUUGUUUAUGUGAAGGGUUUCAGAAGGGUAUGAAUUGCACAUGAUUUAUGCAGUUAUUUUGUAACGAGAGUUUAAUGUGUUGAUAAGACUGAAUAGUAUUCUGAUAUUGUGCCGUGAUCCUGGUGGAUAUGUUGAAGGGAGAGAUGGCUGUGACUGUUCACAUGAUAACCUGUUUCAUCUUCAGCUUCUCGCGUGAGAGAAUGACAAGCGCCAGCCAUCCUUCACAACACCAACUGUUAAUGUUUCAAAACAGGAAAACAAGUCUGUUGGUGCGCUUUUCUCCGGGAAUACACGACUAGACCGUACACUGAUGUACCGAUGAAAUAUUAAAGAGCAUGUAUUUAGAAAAAAAAUGGUCAAGCCGAAUUAACAUUGCAGCAGAACUCUAUUGCGCAAAGCAUGUUAAGAAUUGCACUAAGAUGGUAUUCAUUUAAACACUGAUCAAUUUAAAGUAUCUGUAAAAUAUUUAUAGUUGAAUGACUAGCUCUGUCAGUCAGUACAAUGUAGAGAUGUUUCUUAAUGUUUCAGAGGAUGGAACUUUCCCCAAGUGAGAGAACCUGCCCAGUGCAAUCAAGGAAUCCACUUAAGGCACAGGACAGACUACUGAUAACUAAACAGCAUUUCUCUGAAAACGACAUGUCAUUCAUGAGUACAGUCGUAUGAAAGAGUUUGGGCACCCCUGACAAUUUCCAUGUAUAAAUAAUUGGGUGUUUGGAUCAGCAAUUUCAUUUUGAUCGAUCAAAUAACUGAUGGACACAGUAAUAUUUCAGUAGUGAAAUUAGGUUUAUUGGAUUAACAGAAAAUGUGCAAUAUGCAUCAAAACAAAAUUAGACAGGUGCAUAAAUUUGGGCACCCCAAUAGACAUAUCACAUCAAUAUUUAAUAGAGCCUCCUUUUGCUAAAAUAACAGCCUCUAGAUGCUUCCCAUAGCCUCUAAUGAGUGUCUGGAUGAAGGUAUUUUGGGCCAUUCCUCCUUACAAAACAUCUCCAGUUAGGUUUGAUGGUUGCCGAGCAAGGACACUCCACUUCAAAUCAUCCCACAGAUUCUCAAUGAUAUUCAGGUCUGGGGACUGGGAUGGCCAUUCCAGAACAUUGUACUUGUUCCUCUGCAUAAAUGCCCAUGUAGAUUUUGAGCAGUGUUUUGGGUCGUUGUCUUGUUGAAAUUUCCAGCCCCAGCGUAACUGAUUCUCCAACAUUAUUCCCAAGAAUCUGCUGAUAUUGAGUGGAAUCCAUGCGACCCUCAACUUUAACAAGAUUUCCAGUAACGGCACUGGCCACACAGCCCCACAGCAUGAUGGAACCCCCACCAUAUUUUACUGUGGGUAGCAAGUGUUUUUCUUGGAACGCUGUGUUCUUUUGCCGCCAUGCAUAAAGUCCCUUGUUAUGACCAAAUAACUCAAUCUUUGUUUCAUCAGUCCACAGCAACUUAUUCCAAAAUGAAGCUGGCUUGUCCAAAUGUGCAUUUGCAUACCUCAAGCGACUGUUUUUGGCGUGUGUGUAGAAAAGGCUUCUUCCGCAUCACUCUUCCAUACAGCUUCUCCUUGUGCAAAGUGCGCUGAAUUGUUGAACGAUGCAGUGACACCAUCUGCAGCAAGAUGAUGUUGUAGGUCUGUGGGCUGUUUUUGACCGUUCUCACCAACCUUCGCCUCUCCGACAUUUUACUUGGCCAGCCACUUCUGCCCUUAACAAGAACUGUGCCUGUGGUCUUCCAUUUCCUCACCAUGUUCCUCACAGUGGAUACUGACAGCCUAAAUCUCUGCAAUAGCUUUUUUGUAGCCUUCCUCUAAACCAUAAUGUUGAAAAAUCUUUGUUUUCAGGUCAUUUGAGAGUUGUUUUGAGGCCCCCAUGUUGCCACUCUUCAGAGGAGAGUCAAAGAGAACAAAUUGCAACUAGCCUUAAAUACCUUUUCUCAUGAUUGGAUGCACUUGUCUAUGAAGUUCAAGGCUUAAUGAGCUCACCAUACCAAUUGGGUGUUCCAAUUAAUCAGUGCUAAGUAGUUACAGGUAUUCAAAUCAACCGAAUGACAAGGGUGCCCACAUUUUUGCAUAGCCUAUUUUUCACAUCUGAUUUAAUUUCAUAACUUAAUAUUGCUACACUAAAAAUCUUUGUCUGGACAUUACCCCCAGUACUCAGCUUUUAUUAGAAAAUGAAUGGCAUGCCACUGAUCAUUUUCUGCAAUGACAAAGUAAAUUAUUAUGCAGCCUCAGAGGGGUGCCCAAACUUUUUCAUACGACUAUUUGUCCAUCAUAGAAGAUCAAGACUUUGACCGAGGGACUGUUUCACUUAGCCUUGUCUGAUUUGUACAUUGAACACACCCAGUCAUAACCCACAGCGUUGUUUGCCAAACUCUUAACGUUACCAGUUGAUGCACACAACGGGACAAAUCAGACACUGAACCACACAGAGACGGUGUUCUGGUUUCUUUUUCUUUACGCGACAGUAAAGCAAACUGCUCUGCGAAUAGCUGAGACGCAAGGCCUGAUUUGUCAGCUUCUAUUAGCGGACAGAAUGCCCUACUACUGAGAAGGAAGAGCCAGUAUUGUAAGAGCCAGUAUUGUAAAAGCCAGUAUUGUAAAAGCCAGUACCUAUACUCAAAACGAUGGACCAUAGACGACUUGCAUGUUUUCUGUCUGUUUUUCCCUCGCUCCUCAGGGCGAGCCAUCUUUGUAGGGUGUGAAUAUUACGGCAUUAGCUCCACGUGACUUAACAGAUAGAACAAUAGCUUUACUCAGCAACAAAGCCACUGUUUUUCGAGAUGUUAGUCGACCUCUUCUUCGUUCUUGGAAACAAACUGCACAUCUAUUCUUGUCACACAGGAAUGAGAGAUACUGUUCUGGAUAGGCAACAUCAGUUUAACUGGUGUAACAGCUUUUAGAAAUGUCUGCAGUAAGGUUGUUUAACAUUGGGCAAUGUUUUGUUUUUUAUAUUUAUGUAUAUAUUUUCUUUUUUUUUCAAGGUAAUAAAUUGGAGAAAGUACAUUUGUCA